AUUUGAUACGAAAAAACAGGCUAUAAUUUUUCUGCGACCACUUAGUCCGAAAAGUAGAAAGAGGGGAACACCAAUGUCCAGCGAUUGAAGUUGAACUACAACCCAUUUUUACAAAUUUUGUAUUUUUGUGUUGCACCUUCUCCUUCCUCUCUUGUCCUUGACCUUUUUGAUUGUCGUUGAUCGUUGUCUUUUGCAUUUCGUGCCUUUAAACAGUGCUAGUCCGAUGGCGAGAGCGGUAGCAAACUGAACGAAGUUAGCUUUUAAUGUCACACAUCCACCCUCACCCGUUCGAUACAAAGUUUGAGAAAGAUGAUGACGAAACAAGAUGCCAUUUCCUCCCUUGUGCUUUGACGUGAAACAAAAGCACCACCAUUUUCGUUUUUUUGCCCUGCUCUGCUUGAUCGAAUCGUGCACAUUCUGUCUUUGGCUGACUCGCUAACUCACCUGCGGUGACGCAUAACAUUAAGGUUUAGGUUUACCUCAUCGAUCAAUAAAUCUCGCGUCGGCUAUUAAGUGGUGGUGGUCUCUUCCGCGUUUCGGACCGGUUUGCAGUGGUGUUUUCAGUUCCAAGAACACUUGGGCACAACGGCAAGAACGAAAAAGAUACCAUCUUCUUCCACUUCGUCUUCGACUUGUUUGUGAUACUGGGAGACCUGUCAAUAGCCUUUUUGUGGUACAAUCGGCGGUCUCAAAAUGGGGAAGGAAGCCGCUGGCUCAGCAGGCCAGUGGUUUAUGAUAGCCGUGGGCGUCUUCGUCGUCAUAGCAGCCUAUCUCGCUUCGAUAGGGUUUCAAGGGAGAAAGCACGUCCUCGGAAUAGAUCUUGGUACGACUUUCUCGGUCGUAGCAGUGAAGCGUGCAGGCAAAGUUGAGGUAUACGAACACGGGGAUAUAUCACAUGUAUUGCUAAGACCAUCUUCGAGUAAGUAUUUAGUUGCCUGAAGCUGAACGAACAAGGAGACGGCUUGAACAUGCCAACAAAACGAAGUUGUACUGUGCAUGUCAUACAUGCACUUCAUGUUUUUUGAGCAUAUUCUUUUUUUAUCCGAAUCCGGUAAUUGCAAGACAUAAUUAAACAAUUCUCAUCGUCCACCAGGUAAUCCCGAAUCAUGAGACGGGUCGCUAUUUGACGCCAUCCGUCGUGAGUUAUGUCAAGAACGGUAUGGGUGACCCAGAACGGAAACUCAUGAAAUUCGAUCACGAAUUCAAGCACUACCUAGUCGGCGAUUCAGCAGUACGGAGGAGGCACGAAAAUGUCGCAGACACGAUCUACCACUCCAAGAGGUUCAUUUUAUGGACAAGCACGAGUACUGCAUGAGCAUAUACACCGAUACAUAUUGUAUUGCCGGGACAUCAUCGUUUUUCUUUGUCCUAGGUUUUUCUUCGACCUAUCCCUUCUGGUGAACAACAACAAAUGCCAUGAUCGAGCAACAACAAGGUCAUAUGUGAUGAACUGGUUAUUGAUAGACUUACACGUGAUUGAUAUUAGUUGAUAGUUUUCCAACUUCUAAUCUUCGGCAAGUCCAUCUUCGAAACGACGUCAGAGGUUGCUGAGCAUCCUUUUCGAGUAGGGAGUCCAGCUUUAGUUCACACCUUUGAAGACGGAAUAGAGAAGCUGCGACAGCAGAGCUACGGGCGGCCAGGUCAAUACUUUGCGGAUAUACUAGAAAACUUCGACAAGUGCAAAGUGAAAGUGAGGACCCACAAUGACGAAGGCAUAGUCACAAAAGCACACGACAUAAAAGACAAAUGCACCGGAAGCAAGCAGGGGAAGAAGAUUAAGGCCCCACUUAAUUUUGAAUUUGAUCCAUCUUUAUUAUUAUUUAAGCCCAUGAUCUGUUUUUGUGGGCUGUUUUAAUUUAGAGUAGAAAAACGGAAGAAGAUGAGGCAAAAGAUGUUGGAUCGUAGUGAGUUCUAAGACGAGUAAAGCAGCUUCGACGAAAGAGGAAAUGGGUGGAGAUGCAACAAUAGCAGCCACGGAAGAUGAUGUUGAUGGCACAGGUGCAUUAACUCCUAGUGAAGACGAGGAAGAACAACACCUCACCCGCGACGCAAGGUACACAAAAGCGCGAGAGGUGUUUUACGAAGCGGCAAAAGCGCAGUUUAGAGUCCUCGACAGAUGGAGGACUCCAGUAGACAUAGGCGCGGCGAUUGUGAAGAAGCUAAAAGACGCAGCUGAGGUAAUACACAAGACUACAACCAGUUCCUUUGAUUUGUAUUUUUCUUGAUCAGCGAGCUACAGCUACUUCUUUGUAUGAAACAAACAAGAUAGAACUAUCCCACCACCACCACAAUACGUCAUCAAAUCCGAUUCCUGCGCGUAACGGGCCCACAAACAUAAUAUUUUUCCAUCCCUCCCAACAACAACAACAACAACAACACUAAUAUGACAACUUUUCUAUUUCUAUCAUCCUACCAUCUACAGGUUUUCCUUGGGUACGAUGUCUACGAUACGGUGAUUUGCGUCCCCGCCAAAUUUGGGAAAUUGGAGAUACAGAAGACCUAUGAGGCUUUCAACAAAGCUGGCUUUAGCGUCGCCCGAGUGAUGGACGAACCAACGGCAGCAGCGGUCGCCUACGGCCUGCACAAAUCGGCGACUGGAAAGACAGUCAUCGUCUACGACUUAGGAGGAGGGACGCUGGACGCCAGCUUGUUGUCCAUAAGCAGCAAAGCAGUGAACGUCCUAGGAACAGCAGGAGAUGAUCACUUAGGCGGUAGCGAUUUCGACUAUGCAAUGUGGAAGUUAUUGCAGGUAUGUUUCCUAGAUUUGUUGAUGUUGUUCUUGUUGAUUAGCGACAAUGCACGAGGGGGUCAUACAACAUCGAAGAUUGGUUUCCUCAAGAAUGAAUCUUUCACUUUCUUCUAUCUAUUUCUCGUCACAACAUCCCCUCAGGAUCGAUGUGGACCAUCCGAGAAAAUCACCCGUGGCGAAGCCGAGGACGUGAAAAAGGAGCUAACUAGUAAGGACAUCGUCCCGAUAUGCGAACGGCGUACCAAGCAAGUAACGCGCGACGAGUAUGAGACUGCUGCAGCCACGCUCUUCGAACGAGCCAUGGCACCAGUACAUCAGGUCUUGGCGGAUCAAAUGAUGUCAGCGGAUGACAUAAAUCAUGUGGUCCUAGUCGGAGGUGCAUCCAGGAUGCCGAAAAUCCGAAAAAUGCUCAUCGAUUUCUUCGGUCAAGACAAGCUGAACAUGGACUUGGAUCCAGACUUGACCGUCGCGAUUGGAGCAGCUAACAUCGACCAGUGA